UGUGGUGCAGGUUUACUGUGUGCAGCUGGAGACGAGACAGUCACACUGCAGGAAGUGGAAGGAACCACUAUAACUCUCCAUACUGGGAUAACUGGGAUUCAAAGUGAUGCUCAUAUUGUCUGGUUUUAUGGACCUGAAAAAGCAGAGGAGAAGAUAUUAAACAGUCAGGUGAUUAAAGGAGAAACUGUUACAGAAAUCAGUGAGAGAUUUAAAGGGCGACUGCAGCUGGACAGAAUCAGUGGAGCUUUAACCAUCAGGAACAUCAGCAGGAAUCAUUCUGGAGUUUAUUUAUUACAAGUCAUCACUGGACGUCUCUCAUCUAGGACUUUCAGUGUCAGUGUUUAUGUUUUAGCUCCAGUUUCAACUCCAAUAAUAAGAAGUCAACAAAAGCAAAAACGAAGUGUUCCCCCCACAGAGGUGUGUUUCCCCCUGUGCACUGUGGAGAAUGGAGAAGAUGUGACGUUAUCCUGGUACAGAGGGACUGAGAGACUCAAUAUCACCAAUAACACAGAUCUCAGUGUUAACCUCAGUCUCACACUGCAAAUACACAACCAGGACAUUAACACUAACACUUACACCUGUGUGUCUGCAAACCCUGUCAGCAAUAAAACAACUUCUCUCAGCAUCACACAGCUCUGUGAUCAUCACCCAGAUAAAGAAAGAGAACGUUUCUGCUUCCUGUCGUGAUAUCUGUUGGAGGUCUCAUCCUGAUAUUAAUAAUAUUAUCACCUCUGUUUAUUCAGAGAAUAAAAGAAAAGCAACAAGGCAAGAAUGAGAUCUCUUCUAUGUUUUG